AGGGUCUGAAGCUGGCUGUGCAGCACGAGAGAAGACCUGCUGAAGAACAGAGAUAGAUGUGAGUCCUGUUUUAUUCUUUCUUUCUUUCUGCUGACGAGAAAACAAGUCAGAGUCGCUAAACGAGUGAUUAGUUUUAGAUUUCACACAGCUACAGAGAUGCAUGACCAAGACAGAAAAUAGCUAAGGCUGCAGGGAGAUCAUUUCGCAAAAAAGGGACAAAAGUGGCAACAGAAAGAUGCAAAACAGCACAGAAGGGGCCAUGUGAAAAAAGCAAAGGGUUCAAAGAUGCAAAAGGACAGAGAACAGAUGCAAAUUUAUGCUGAAGAACUUUAGAAUAGGUGAAAAUAUAUGCUCAAAUACUACAAAGCUCAGCCUUGUUGACUUAGAAAUCAAUACCCGACCUUUUAGUUUGUUAAUGACAUUAUUACCGAGGUGAUGCUGAACUUUCAUCCUUGUUAAUCAACCACUGUCUGUGAUUUUCAUAAUAAAUGCUUCACAUUAACAUCUGCUUUAAAAAACAGAUUUAGUUUCUUUGCAGCACUUCUAAAACUUCACUCUCCACAGAGGACACCAUGGCCUCCACCCUCUCUGUGCGCAGCUACUCGGUCCGUCAGCCAUCCUUCUCCAGUGUCUCUGUGAGGGACAGCGGACGCAGCAUCCGCUCCAAAUCUCAGGUCCCCGUCAGCACGCUGCCUCUGUCCCGCUCUGUCUCCAUGGGCAACGGCCUCAACAUACUGGGCUCCAGUCUCUCCUUCAAUGGACUCGGUGUGGGCACCAGUGAGAAGGAGACCAUGCAGGGCCUGAAUGACCGGCUGGCAAACUACCUGGACAAGGUGCGCACCCUGGAGAGAUCCAACGCAGAGCUGGAGUUGAAGAUCAAGCAGUUGAUGAUUGAGAAGGUGCCUAAAGGACACGACAUCGAGGGGAUGAUGGCUCAGGCACACGCUAUUGGACAGGAGGUCAGGAGAUCCAUUUUAUUCUUUUUUUAUUAAAUUAAUAGUUACUUACUUUUCCAGGAACUUUUAAAGCAUGUGCUUCAAAUCUGAGGGCAGUAAAAAAUGUGUUUCCUGCACUUGCUGAUUUCACAGCUUCUCAGAUAAAGACAGGAACAGAUUGUGCCGUUUUGUUAAAAACAUCUUCUAAGAUCAUUAAAGGGAAACAAAGAAAUCUGAAAACUUCUUAAAGCUCCUUUGAGGAGGUUUUUGAUGUUUAUGAAACAGGCUGAAAUUUCAGUUGAUGCCUCUUUGUGAUAUUUAAAUGCAAAUGAGACCAUCAUUUGUUAUCACUAUGAGCCAAGCAGCUGAAGAAGCAGCCCUGUUUCUAAAUUUUCCAAGUGAAACAUUAACAGAAUCAACAGGAUGAGAGAAUUUUUUACUGCCUAAGCAUGUAGAGGACAAAGUAAAGCAAAGACUGCGUCGUCCACAGGGGGGCACCAAAGUGACACAAACCAAAAGUUCCUCACAGCAGCUUUAAAAUCCUCUGGAAAGUUACAGGUAUUUCGCUUUUUUUUUAAACUUGUUUCAAGUGAAUUUUCUGAGUUGUUUUCAGGCAUUAAAGUUCCUGUGGGGAACUUGAUUUUGGUAAUACCCCUUAUCUCUGCACAUGUAUGAAAAUUAUUGUCUGACAUUUAACUCAUCCUACCUUUGGUUAUAAAGUUAGUGUAUCAAGUGUAAGAAGUAGUUUAUAAAGUUUAAAAGGCUGUUUCUUCAGGGCUAUCAGUUGUGCUGUCUGACACCCACCACCUCUCCCAGCACUCAUAAUUCUGUGGAAAUGUUCAGUUUUGUUGCUGAUGGUCUUGUUUACAUUUGUAGGUCCCUAAGAGGUGUCCCUGUAAAUUUCACUCCAUUUUAUAACCAGCUAAAAAAAAUCACAGGAGCUUUAAUAUUCUCCAGCUUAAAAUAAAAGUCUGUUUACAAUUAUGAACCCGUCUGCACCAGAAAACUACAUUUUUAUUAAUUUUUCUUUUUGUCCUCUCUUGAUGUAACACCAUAUUUUCUAUAGGACAUGUUUAAAGGUGCUUUAUAAACAUAUAUAAACAUUAAAGUUCCUGUAAGUAAUGUUUGGCUUGUGUACAUUUUGUUUACGGUGUCCUCUACAUUCUUGGGUGGUGAUGUUUGACAUAAAAAUCCCAGCCUGCUGAUUUUUGUCAGACAAAUGUGUCAUAUAAUGGGAUUAUUUUAUUUUCUGGAAAUUGUGCAAACGAGGCUGUUUCUUGAGCUACUUGGUUGACACCUGCCCUCUCACACCAGUUUGGGCAUUAAACAUUGCAAUAUAACACUCACCAAUCUUGUUACUAAUGGUGUUGUUUCUUUUUGGGUAUCAUUAAAACGCAUCAGUAUGAAUUUAUCUCUAUGUGAUAACUGUGAAAAAAAAACCUCAUAGGAGCUUUAAAAGGGGGAAUACUGUAGAGUUGGAAUUAUGCUCAUGGAGAACAAGAGUGCGAACACUGCAAAGCUGGGUUUUACUGGUUAAAGACAGAAGGACAACCAAAGCUGCCAAGAAAUAAAAUCCACUUCAGCGUAAAGCACAAAAUCUUCCUGAUGCUCCAUGAUCCUUCCUUAACUCCCCACCACAUUUCCCCUCAGGUACGAAAGAAGACGCUGGAAAACGCCCGCAUCAUGCUGGAGAUCGAUAACGCCAAGCUGGCUGCCGACGACUUCAGGGUCAAGUGAGUGUCACACAGAGGUUUCUUUCUCUUGCUCGCCUGUGAGUGUUCACAUGGGAGCGCCAGACUGCAGAGCCGUGUGAAUAAAUGACCUUUAUGUCAGGCUGUGAAAUAAGAGCCUCGUUCCCACGCUGUUCAGGGACUCGCAGGAGUCGAGCAGCCGUGAACCAUCAGUGAGUGCUGGAGAUGUUGGAUGAAGGUGCAGAUGUAGGAAAGAUUGAGGAGUACAAGUCCACCCACUGCUGCUGUUUUUCACAGCGUGUUGACGGUAUGUUCUGUGGUCUGAUGUGAGGGAGUGAUACAUCACUCUGCACUGAUUCAUGGUAUUAGCAGCAAAGCGUAUGUUUACAUUACAAGGAGAUCUUUGCAGGAGCUCUAAAGCUGUAUUUUCCACACUUGUGCAUUCAUUCGGGGGUUAUUUGCUCUUUUUCUUCAUUUAUUUUGAGCAUCUUUUAUUUAAGCAUCAUCCGUUAAAACACAAUUACUCCAGUUCACACCAAAGUCCGUGAACACCAUUAGUUCACAUUUUAUCAUCCAUUUCUAAUUAUGUUCAAACUGAUUAUUGAUCCACAUCAUCAGCCCUGAGGUUGAAACUUCAAAAAGUCAAAAUUUUAAAUGUUGGUUUUUGCUUGUUUUUUUUCACUGACAAGAGGGUCUGGACGAAAGACUGUAUAUUUUAUGAACAACUUGGCUCCGCCUUCCAUCGUUUUAUGAAUUUUAAGCCAAAAAGCUCCUCUCAGUAUUUCCGGGAUUUUCUCCACUUCCUGGAACCUCCAAUUGCACAGUAGCAUUGUACGCAUUCAUUGUGAGAGUCGCUGUGAUGACGCUCGGCUCAAACAGCAUAUCCCCCGGGUGGGCUUCGCAAUCUUCAUACACCCAUAGGUUGUAUCAGGUGUCAAUCAUAGAAAACAUGAACCCCCUAAUAACUUUUAAAAAUGGAGCUUCACUGAAAAAAGAGGACUUGAGGACUAAACAUCGCAACCGGUGGGAGAAAAAUUUAUAUUCUGUGUAAUAUAUUUCUAAAGUUUGUCCACAACUUCAUUAAGGUUGCUGGAGGAGGCAGGAUUUAUGACCUAAACUGCAGACCGUCACCAGGGGACCUACUGUUAGUCUAAGGUCUCCUCUGCUCUCAGAUGUAGUGGACCAAUCCUAAUCCUUUAGCUGAAAAUUAGGCAGGUUCACAAAACAACGACACGAGUGCCGUUUCAGCUUUGUUGUAAAGACUGCAGCUCCCAGGGGCCUGAACUGACCACUCAAACUCAUUUCAUUUACUUCAAGCAGAAUAUUAGACAGUGUAAUAUCAAUUUUUAACUCAGCUGAGGAUGUUUCCAGCAGUCAAACUUUGUCACGUUUGAGCUUUCUGAACAUCUGUUUUCAAGAGCAACAGAUCAAUUUUAAAAGCAGGGAAGGUUUUUGUGUCCACUUGCUUCAAGAGUAUUUAGGAUCUUAAAGGGCAGCAGUAUUUAUUGUUGUUUGGGUAUUGUAUUUUUUGUAUGAUUUUAGUAAAUCGAGGUCUGAUUGUUGUUUUUUCUACAUAUCUUAUGGCUUCUAACACUUCAAAUAAUUCACUGAGCAUUAUUUACAGACUAGAGCUGUAUGAUUGUUUAGAAGUACAAGUUAAAGCCGGGGGGAAAGGAGAUAAGGAUGUUUUUGUCAUAUUACUAUUCCCAAAUUCAAGAAAUUAUGUCUUACUUUAGUUUUACAAGUUAAAUUGGGUUUAGUACUUUUCUUUUACUUUUGGAAACUUCUUGUCUUCAGAUAAGAUGAGUCCUAACAAGUCAACCAUCUUAGAUCUGUUUUACAUAUUUGUUUAUCCACAUUAUCAAGAGACCUCUUUAGGAGGCCUUUAUUCAGGUUUAAUUGACUGUUUUUGUUUGUUCAUAAAAUCUUCAAGUUUUAUCCUUGAAAAAAAACAGAUGCGUAAAACACGAUGUUACAGUAUUUAAGUACAAACUGCAAUUUUUUCCUCUAACUUCUAUUUAUUUACUCUUUCCUGCAGAUGGGAGGCAGAGGCCACCUUGUGCCAGUCAGUGGAUAGAGACUGUCAGGCUCUGAGGAGAGCCAAGUCUGACCACGAUCAGAUCAUCGGUACUCUGCGAGGAGACCUGGACAGCCUGAAGGAGGAGCUCUACUUCCUCAAGAAGAAUCACGAUGAGGUGAGAGCUUUGCUGCCUCAAAGGUCACGUCAGAGAUGAUCAGUGAGUGUUUGCUUGUCAAGAUAAUCGCUUUACAAGUUGUCAAGGGAAGUCUUGUUUAAAUAUAUGGAGUCCUUAAAGCACAGUGGGUCCUCUGAGCUUCAUGAAGGGUACUUUUUUACACUUGGAUAUGAUUCAUUUCAUCCAAAACCACAGAGCUGCUCCACAUUCCAGUCCCUGAUCCAGUCAGUAACUCAGCAGAAACAGGUCAACAAAAAGCAGAGCUGCAGCGGAGGCUUUUACAGUAUCCAGUAUCAGAAAUAUGAUCAUGUGACAUGAAUGGACACGCCCACUUUCUUUGUCACCAAUGGUGCCUCAAGACAGCAAAAUAACACCUAUUGUGCAUACUCAAUAAAAGUAGUUCAGUCACAAGUAUUGUGUGUGUUUAGACAGUGAGGUGUGGUGUCCAGGAUGUAGACUGAGCCGUGCAGGUAGUACCCUGCUCCCUGCAGACUUUGUUUUUCAUUAAGAGGUUUGUCUUGCACAGGCUGACGGGGUGAAAGUUAAAGAGGGUUAAACAAAAAGACACAAUGAACAGCUGAGAACAACAAAGGGGAGCAUUAUGAACUGCUUAUUUUCUGAAUGACUAAAAACACUGUCUCUCUUUACGAUCAAAUACUAAUAUUGUCUGAGGAGGUCGCACAGAUUUGUCUCCAAGUUUACAUUAAUACAAUAAAGUAACACAAACACAAUCAAAUCUGUAAACACUGCAAGCAAAACAAAUGACAGGGGAAACUGUCUCCAGGGGACCAUGAGGGGCAGACUUUUGUUGCAGAGCACUAAAGGGGUAGUUCACUUUUUUUGUUAUUAUUCUUAACUGAGGUUUUGUGAGGUUCCCAAAGAAAAGUGUUAUAGCCACAGGGGAUCCUGGUCAGCUCGGCUUCUUUGUUAAGAAACCAGAGAACUGGAACGUGAGCUAGGCUAUGAAAGGACAGGGUCAGCCCUAACAGGUAUUUUAGUUUAAUGUAACAAACUCUGACCAAAGCACUCUUCUCUCUGUGAGUGAACCCUCUAUUUGGAAAUUUUUAAGUUCUUUCUUUUGCCAUCAGACAGCCUGUUCAUUUUUGCACUUACAGACUUUCUUCCACCUGCAGCACACUGAUCAGAGCCUCUGAGUUUAGCCUAAUUUUAAGCACUAAAUGCCGAAGCCCACAUGUGAGACACAGGCUGUAGAGUUUGUUAUUUCAGCUCAUGCCGAUACUGUGUAUUUGUUUUGGUAAAUGAUGUAUGGACGAUUUUGUACCUUUCCAGCCAAACGACUGUUUCUUCCUCAUCUCUUAAAAUCACGACAGGAAAUGAAUGCUCUGAAGGGGCGUCUGGCCAACGAGCAGGUGAGUGUGGAGGUGGAUGCAGCCCAGGGUCCAGAUCUGGGGGCCAUCAUGGCAGAACUAAGAGUCCAGUAUGAGGGGAUUGCUCGCAAGAACAAGGAGGAGGCUGAAGCCUGGUACCUCAGAAAGGUCAGAUCCAGCAUUCGCACCUGUUUCGCUCUGUACUACCUUUUGUUUUUACAAGCAUAAACUGAUAUUUUUGUACAUGUGUGUUUGUAGUUGGAGGCGGUGCAGUCUGAGGUCAAAGAAAAUAACGAGGCUCUGCGUUGUGCUCAAAGUGAACUCAGUGAGAGGCGGCGUUUCUUGCAGGCUCUGGAGGUCGAACUGGACAAUGUGAGAAAGCAGGUAAAAAAAACAAACAAACACAUGGUGAAGUAGUGUUGUCUGAACAUCUACAGGUAGCCACCCAUCCCACGAAUCACUUCUUAAAUUCAAAUUGAGAUUUUAAACCUUUUAAAAAUGCCAACCUGGGUCACAUAGUGAACCUACUGUAUGUUGGCAAAUAAACAUUUGUUUUCUUCAACACAUAUUUAUACCAACUCUGGGAUUUUGUUUCCUGGAAAACAACCCUUUUUUUUUUUCAAGUAAGCUUUAACCAGUUAGUUAUCAGUGGUCCUACUCAUCUUUUGAUCUUCACUUCAGCACCAAAGAGUUUAUACUGGUUAGUCUCAGGCUACAGUGUGGUAAUUUCAUGUGUCUCCAGGUGCGAGCCUACUUUUCUACAUUUAAACCAACAUUUUAUUUUUGUUUCUUGCUUUUUUUUUUAGCUUGGCUGAACCUUAACCUUUACUGUUUGGUCAAAAGGCUAAAAAGAGAGCUAAUUUUUCUUUAACAAGAGAGCUUAUUAUAGAAAAAAUAAAUGCACAUUGACUCUUUGACUCCAGAGAUCCUCGUCUGUUUCUGUUUCUGCUUGUAAAGAUUAAUUCAGUUUUUCUAUAACAUUCCCCCCCACCUCCUCCUCACCUCUUCUCUUCUGCACACAUCACACAUGUCAGACCUUUCUAAAGCCAACAGCUGCUUUCUCUUUGUCAACAAAGAGCUACCAACAGCACAGUGUACACAACAAUUUCUUUCUGCUCCGAUAAUCAAUCAGAGUGACAAGACGUGAAGUCUAAGGAGGGAGUGUUUUGUGUUUCCGCUACAUGUGCGCACAAAUCAAACAGCACGCAGACGCCGUCACUGUAGGCAGGUAAUAGCUCAUUGAUGUUUGCUUUAUAGUGAGCACACAGUAUUGAAUGCAGAGAUAUUAUUGUGCUGACAGUCUGCAGUGUCUGUGGAUGAUAUGUAUGGGGGCAUGAAUGGAUGAGCUCAGCAAGUAAACACACAGUGCAAAGCAAUAUUUAAGGUUCAGAAUUCACAGGGAACAGCUUCACAGCCCUCUAUUGAUUCUCUGUGGUUUAUUGUGCUAUUUAAAGGUACAAUUCACAGCAUCUACAGCUGCACUGCACUGAGAUAUUUUAAUACAACAUAUAAAACUUCAGGGUGUAAAAUUAACCUCUCCAGAAUAAAGAGAAUAUAAAUGAACCUUCAGCUUUACAAAUUGUUUUUGUGUCUGUCAGCUUUCUGUUUUGGUUUGACUUUAGUGACUAAAGAAGAGGUAAAAGUUGAGCAGAUAAUAGACUCAAAUUCUUCAGGUUUACCUCACCAUUGUCUUUACUUGUAGAUACCUCAUACCUCAGAAGCAAAGAAAGCUUCUGGUUUCUGUUUCUAUUGUUUUUUUUUCUCUAUUCUAGCUUUUUCAUCCCUAGCUUAUUUGAAGACAGAGUAGUACAACUUUUUAACACGCUUUUGUUCAACGUUUAGAGCCAAAGAAGAGGAACAUAUAGGCCAAAGUGCAGUCACAGAAACCUGCUCCUGUCCAGUAAAAAUGUUGCCCCUUUAAAUGGUCUCUAAUAACAGAUAACUGCAGCUAAAAAUAGGCAACAUUCUGGUGGUAAAAUUUAACUCUCAACUUCUAAUAAUUUAAUAUUUCUGUCUCAGGUUUCUGGUCAGAUUGUAAACAAAGACAAGUGCACGAAAGGAAAAGCUCUGACCCAGAUAUCUUUCAGUUUAGCUUUGUUUCUUUUGAGAUCACCUGAAAAAAACUCCAAAUGAAUCAUUAUAAAUUGUUUUAUAGUUGUUCUUAAUAAGUACAAUAUUUUAUGUAGUUACGUUUUCACUACCCCCAAGAAAUGCCAAAAAAUAUAUUUAUAUAUAAAGAUUUAUAAUUUGAACUUGCUCUGUCUCCACUGUUGAUUAUUUUUGUAAAGUAUGAAAGUCUUAAUCUUUGAUCAUUACCUCUUUGUCAUGAUUACAGGUCAGCGUGUUGGAGGGAAACCUAGGAGAAACAGGGCAUAAGUACUCAGUGGAGAUGGAUCGUCUUCAGGCCGCACUGACUCAGCUGGAGGAUGAGCUGUCUCAGCUGCGUUUGGACAUGCAGCGCAACAAGACCGAGUACGAGCAGCUGCUGCGCAUCAAACAGACCCUGGAGAUGGAGAUUGCCACCUACAGGAGGCUGCUGGAGGGAGAGGAAAUGUAAGAGAGGAAAAGGAGGAAACCAAAUAUGAUUUACCCUACAUACACUGCUGUAACAUCACCUUUUUACUUUGUUUGACUUCUUGAUGUAGUUCUUCUAUUUGUUUUUCCUGCAGGGUGAAAGAAACACCUCCACCUCCUAAAAGUGAGUUCAAGUUUUUGUUAUUUGCGAAGUCCAGCCGAGAUUAGGAAGUCACUUCCCUUCAGGGUUUUUUUAGGUUAGGGACAUCUCUGAUGUUGUUUUCCUUUGUACUAUGGUAAUACCACCUCAAUGUUGGUCAGCGCUGCUUGUUCAAAAAAUUACAAACAGAUAAGAAAAGAGGAGAGACUUAAUAUCCGACCUCAAAAUACAGCAGUCCAUGAAAUAGUCACAGAAUGUAAUCAAUUAGAUCAACUUUUCUUUCAAUGUAUUUUCUACAGUAAGACAGAAGAUGUCGUUUGAAGAGAUUUUCCAAUUUUACUUUUCAGUUUUGAUCCAGCGUAAGAUCACUGUCACUCAGUUUUGUUUGUGGCUAAAGCAGGUUUAAUUUUGUGUUGCAGAAGAGCCAGAUGUAAGGACCAGGAAGAUCGUCAAAGUGGUCACUCAGACCAUGAUCAACGGAAAGGUGGUGGAUGAGUCCAGCGAGGUGGAGCAGAUUGAGGAGCACAAAAAAUGAGCCAAAGUGUUUGCAGAGAAGCGGUGAUGUGUCCUCAAACUCAAAGUGACAGCUGUGUUUCAAUUCAAAUGUCAGCUCAGCAUUUCUUUUUUAGAUGUUUCUGGUUUGUUAUUAUGACUUAAUGCCUUAAACUUGCCAAAAAUAAACCAAAAAUAGAGUUUAACCGAAACUUUUGUUUUCUAGCUACAUAGUGUAUUUCAGUUUCUUAGAUAAUCGGAAGAACUCAACAUGUGACGGAAAUGUCCUCUGAAAUGUUAGCGUAGUCUGUGACACUGUUACAGUGUGGACAAACAGUUCAGCUAUAAAAUGAGGAUUUUUUUUUGAAGAUCUAUCUUGUUCAGUUAAAAUCAUUUUUGUAGUUAGGAGUUAGUUUUCA